UCCGCCAAUAUGCCUCGCGUGCGGUGGAUGGUGUCAGUGCCGGCGUCGUGCGUUAUCCUUGCGCUUUUAAACGCGCUUUUUGGAAUUGAUAUUGUCAAUGCAGAUUGUUGGUACGAAAAUGAAAAGCACGAAGAGGGUGUCGAAGUGCGGACGACGGAGCCGUGUUUGAACUGCACGUGCAACCGUGGGGCCUUGCUCUGCUACUUGAGGGUAUGUCCGAGACUUCCGAAUCCUCCGCCACCUGGCUGCAUCCUGCUACAUCGCUUCAAAUCCUGCUGCCCGGAAUUGAUAUGCUCAGAUGUUCCUUCUGGAAACGGCAUCGAAGGCCGCAUGGAACCGGACGACAUGGAUUUGGAUCAAGGCAAAAUCAAUAUGGAAGAUGCUUGCAUGGUGAACGGCAGUAUUUACGGUCCUGGUUCUGCAAUGGAUUCCUCCACGGAAUGCGAGUAUUGCUAUUGUCUGGGUGGUCAACAAAGGUGCGUGAAGCCAAGGUGUUUACUACCAGUGGAUGGAUGCGUCCCGGCAUACGAAUCGAACGAUUGUUGCCCAGUUCAUUACAACUGUACGAAAAGCCUAUUCACCACAACCACGACUACUAUAUCACCCGAAGAAUACGAGACUAAAAGUGGUUGCAUUGUUGAUGGUAACUUCUACCAAGAAGGAGCUAAAGUCUUUGGUAUAGGUUAUUCCAUCUGCCAUAACUGUUACUGCUUAAGAGGCUUCGUCCGUUGCGAACCUCUCUCUUGCGCUCCGCCACUCUUGGGUUGCACUCCGGUCAUCAAGAAGGGCGAAUGUUGCGCGGCCAGUUACAACUGCAGUGGGACGAUCGAAACACAGCCUGAACCUAAUUACGGUCACUUUCCAAUCGUAAGUCAAGAUUACGCGAAAUUACGGAAAGAAGCUCAGCAUCGAGAUCCCUAUUACGUGAUAGCCGAAACCAGCAGAAGACCCACUACAAGGCAAUUCUUCGGUGCCACCCAAGCGCCGGUCUUCCAUAAGGAUUCAGAUGAAGAGAAACACGUUUUUCCGGAGAUCUACUAUGUUCCAACGAAAGUCGAGAAGUCCACGAGCAGUAAACCCAAGCAAUUCGAAACCACGAUUCGUCAUAAGAAAUUCACUAAUUAUAAAUCGAUAAAAGCGGAAAUGGAUUUGUUGGAUAGCAGAAUCAAUAGAAGGAUUGAUAACAGAUCGGAAGUCGAGACUACAACUUUUGAAGAGGAAGCGACUUAUACGACUGAUAGUCCAGAAACUACAACGUACUCGAACACGGAAGAAACGACGACCGGCGAUUAUGAAACAACGACGGACGUUCCAACAACGGAAAUUACCACCGAAGAAGUGACAACCUCAGAAACCAGUUCCAAAUUGAUCACGGUUUUGAAUACAACAGACUGCAUUCCUAAAGUUGAAGAAAUAACAACUGAAACAACUACAGAAGAUUUCACAACCACGGAAACGAUCGUCUUGGAGAGUAAGGUGAAAUUGGCGACUGUUAAUCCCAAGAAGGAAAACGACGUUAUAUCGAAUAGCACGAAAACUAAAGAUCAAGAUCUUGACUACGAUUUUGUUCCGCCGACUCUCCCACCAUCCUUGCCGAAUUUAAAGAUCAUUCCUUUCGUGGCCGAGGACGCAGUUGAUUCCAAAUUGGUGCAAGUAACAAGUAAGAACGUCUUCUCGCAAGACGGUUUUCCCUUCAACAAUCUGUUCUCGCCGCCGGCGAAGACCGAAGGUGGUUUCGUGCCUAAAGAACCUCCACUACUCGACGGAUUCUACGAAAACAAUUAUCAUUCUACAAAUAUUGGCACUAACGUUGCGACGACUCUGCCAGUACCAGCGAUCACGAAUCCACCCAAAUCAAACGAAAAUAAUUGUGUAGUCGAUGGAAAAGAGAUCAAGCAUGGAGAUGUCGUUACGCCCGAAGGCAGCUGCACGAUUUGCACCUGUUACUAUGGAAGCAUUGUAUACCACGAGCCUCAAUGCCCGAUCCCUAGAUCAGGAUGCAGGAAUUCCAAUACAAUUGAUAGAUCCACCUGUUGUCCGCAUCAAAUUUGCAAUGAUAAAGAGUCACCAACAGUAGUCCUCGAGGUUACUUCAAAGCCUCAAGACUCCAUAACGGUAGCUGAUAGUAUCUUGGCGCAAGACCCUUUCAGAGAUGUCAUAAGAACCGAGCCAGCUCCAAACCUUCAACUGUUAAUCGGAGAUAUGUCAAAUUUCUUGCUGAAACAAUCAACAACUUCUGCACCAUCUACUACAAUACCACCACCAACAUCGACAGCAUCUGAAGAACCUGAAUAUUUUUCGUUAAGUAAACUGUGGGAGAAUUUGUUCUCCUCUGAAGCGUCUACCACUGAAGAAUCUCCGAAAACAACAUCGACCACAAGCUUAAAUUUGGAGAUACGCACAGCCAAUCAUAAUAAUCUCUUGGAGACGCGCGAGAAUUUAGGUGACAAUAUCUUCAGAAAGCAGAACGGGCACGAUUCCGGCGUUGGACAUCUGAAACUCGCAGGUUGCAACAUCUACGGAAGGAUGUACAGGGUCGGAAGGAUAAUUUCCGAGCUGUCCGGGCCUUGCCAGGAAUGCAAGUGCACGGAAACUGGAGUCCACUGCGAGAAUCUGAAGUGCUGAAUGUGGUUGUUCGGCGAGCGACGCAAACGAUCUCAAAACAAAAAGAAGUUUGAUGAAAAUGAAUGUGUAUUUAUUAACGCGCCACUUUGAAUAGAAAAAAAUAAGAUUCAAAUCUUCGGCCGUUAGUUGAGACUGCUACCCCAUUUCCACUCUCCCCCCUCAUUCUCAUUCUAUAUAUAAAUAUAUAUUUAUUUAUAUAUGGAUUCAUC